AAGAAAGCAAGCUGUCGAGCUGUUGUAUUUGUCUUUUGAUCUGUGUGUAAAUAAAGUAAAAUGACAGAAAUCACUUUUUCUCAGGAUAAGUUUAGAUGUCCAGUGUGUCUAGAUCUACUGAAGGACCCGGUGACCAUUCCCUGUGGUCACAGUUUCUGUAUGAGCUGUUUUACAUGCCGCUGGAAUCAGGAUGAUCAGAAGAGAGUCUACAGCUGCCCUCAAUGCAGACAGACCUGCACUCCAAGACCUGCUUUAUACAAAAACACCAUGCUGACUGAAGUGGUGAAGCAACUGAAGAAGCCCAAACUCCAGGUUUCUGUUCCUGCUGGACCUGAAGAUGUGGAGUGUGACGUCUGUACUGUGAGAAAACAGAAAGCUGUCAAGUCCUGUCUGGUGUGUCUGAAGUCUUACUGUCCUAAUCACCUCCUGAAACAUACAAAUCUCUUUAAAAGUAAGAGACACAAUCUGAUAGAAGCCACUGGACGACUAAAGGAGAAAAUCUGUCUAACACACAAUAAAGUACUGGACAUCUAUUGCCAUAUUGACCAGCAGUGCAUUUGUUAUCUGUGCGCCAUGGAUAAUCACAAAAAUCACGAUACUAUAGCAGCUGUAGCAGAAAGGACAAAGAAACAGAACAUUUUGAAAGAGACACAAAAAAGAUUCCAGCAGAAAAUCCAGCAAAGAAAGAAAGAUCUUGAGGAGCUGAGAGAGGCUGUGGAGUCCCAUAAGCGUUCUGCAGAGACAGCAGUGGAGGACAGUGAGAAGAUUUUCACUGAGCUCAUCCGCUCCAUUGAGAAAAGCCGCUCUAAGCUAAAGCAGAUGAUCAGAGAACAGGAAAAGACUGCAGUGAGUCAAGCUGAAGGAUUUAUGGAGAAAUUGGAGCAGGAGAUUGAUGAUCUGAGGAGGAGACACUCUGAGCUAGAGCAGCUUUCACACACGAAUGAUCACAUCCAUUUUCUCAAGAGUUUCCAGUCUCUGGCUGUGUUUCCUCAAUCUACGGACACACCCAGCAUUACCGUCAGCUCUCUCCUCUCUUUAGAUGAUUUGGAAAAGUCUGUCACUCAACUGAAAGAAAAACUGGAGGAUUUCUGUAGAGAGGAGAUAGACAAGAUAUCUGGCAGAGCAACAUACAUUGAAAUUUUUCCCACAAAUGAACCCAAAACCAGGGAGGAGUUCCUACAGUAUUACAGUAAGUUCACUCUGGAUCCAAACACAGUGAAUGAACACCUCAGUCUGUCCGUCUGGAAUGGAGUGAUUAAUGUCCCUAAUGUAGUCCAGCGGUAUCCUGAUCACCCAGACAGAUUUGACAAAUAUCCUCAGGUGUUGUGUAGAGAGAAAGUGUGUGGACGCUGUUACUGGGAGCUUGAGUGGAGUGGGGAUGAUGGUGUGGAUAUAUCAGUGUCAUAUAAGACUAUUAGCAGGAAAGGAGAGAGAGAUAAAUGUGUUUUUGGAUGCAAUGAUCAGUCCUGGAGUUUGGACUGCUCUCCGCUAGUUUACUCAUUCUUGCACGAUAACAAUUACACUGAUCUUCUUGUACCGUCCAGCCGCUGUAGAAUAGGAGUGUAUGUGGACCACAGUGCAGGAACUCUGUCCUUCUACAGUGUCUCUGACACAAUGAGCCUCAUCCACACAAUCCAGACCACAUUCACUCAGCCCCUCUAUCCUGGGUUUGCAGUUCACAGUGGAUCAAAAGUGAAACUGUGUGAUCUAACGAUAUAGAUUACAGAAAACUGAUUGUAACUUUCAGCCACAUAAUGAGUAACUGAGGUAUUAUGGAGGCUCUUAUUGAUUAUCAAUAAUACAUACAGUAGCAGAACUCCUUGAAACAAAAUGUCAGAUAUUAACAGAGUAAAACCAUUAGAGAUUAAAGAUUUUAUUAAUAUAAGAUUCUAUUUGUUUGUAAUAUAAGUUCUAUUUAUUGUGCUGCUUAAAUUAUUGUGUGAGAUUGGAUGUAAUGCUAAUAUUGAUGAGAGUGAGAAAGAUGAAACUGUACUGUUAAACUACAGUAAAUUAUAAAGGGUAGGCUACAUUAUACAGUUUAUAUGGGCCAUUCUACAGAACUGGUUCAAAGUCAGAGUUGGAAACAUCCUGAAAAAACUGUGACUUUUCCACAGAUUGUAUAUGUAUGCAAAUUGUAAAAUGGCUAAGGUGCACAUUUCUAGUAACUGUGCAAUUAAUUCCAUAUUGUAUUUUCGGAUAGUUAUAUUAACAUAUUUUGUUUCCAUUUACCUUGUAAAUAUAUUUUGUGCUAUUUUAUUAAAAAAAAUGUUCAGAGGUAAAUCAAUAACAAUUACAAUUUCAACAUUUCAAGCAUAAUUUGAGAUUUGGUGUAUUUUGAAUUUAUUCUUUCUUUGUAAAAAGUCAUAAAGUUGAUCAUACUGAUUCUGAAGUUAAGGAUUAAUUAUUUUGAAUAUACAUUGAUCUGAACACCAUAAUAACAUCUUCAGCACAUUUUCAGUAGUGACAGUAAUAUUUUGGUAGUGACCACAUCACAUAAUUUUAACAUACUAAAACACUACUAAAACAUACUUAAAUACUAAA